UAAUGUGUGAUAUAUUUUAAAUUCUUUCAAGUGGAAAAAGUGCUGCAGCGAGUAUUGUGUGCAUAUUCAAAUACAAAGACAAAUGCAGUCAAAACCCCAAACACAGUCCUGAGGAGUGCCAUCAGACCUCAGUUUCCUGUUAAAAAGAGAACUGCUUGUGUCAAUAUAUUUUCACACAGGUCAGAGCUGCUACACACAACUUCAGAGACUCUCACAAAACAUUGAUCACCUCAGAGACUUAAAGACCCAACUAAACCUCCAGUACAGAUAAAAUCAUGGAUGAAGUCUAUGUGAAUACAGAGGAAGUAUUAGGUUGUCGCAGAAAGUCUAAAAGGGAGCAUCAAACUGCGGAAGACAUUUAUAUGAAUCAUGAAGUGAUCCAAACCGUACAACGUAAAACAACUGGACCUGCACCCCCAGGUUCUGAAGAUGUAAAGAAGAGUUACUGGAGAGCUGCUGUGAUUCUUCUGGGUCUGCUGUGUCUUUUCCUCCUGAUUGGACUCAUAACUGUGGUUUUUCUUUUCACCCAAGGCAAAUCUCAGUGGGAAAUGGAGACAGAGAUAAUACACGAGCUGUACGACAACGUGACCAGUGAGAGAAACCAGUUACAGACCAGUUACAACAACCUGACAACCAAACAAGACCAAUUACAGACAAGUUACAACAAUCUGGUUAAAGAGAGAGACCAGCUCCAGAAAAGACUGGAAGACCUGACCACCAACAGAGACGACCUUCAGAGAAAGCUUCAAUAUUGCCAAGAAAACUGGGUGGCCUUCAGUGAUAGUUUGUACCACGUUUCUUCAAAGCAAAAAUCCUGGGAAGAAAGUAGACGAGACUGUCUUAAAAAAGGUUCAGACCUGAUGAUUAUCAACAGCCGAGAAGAACAGAACUUUGUGAACCAGUUCAAGAAGCAUUUGUGGAUUGGACUGACUGACUCAGAGACAGAGGGAACAUGGAAAUGGUUGAAUGGGACUCAAAUGACUACAAGCUACUGGAAUAGUGGGGAACCAAAUGGUGGCACAAAUGAAAACUGUGGACAGAUAAAGGCUUAUGACUCACAAAACAGUUGGAAUGAUGAAACGUGUUCCGUUCUACACUUCUGGAUAUGUGAGAAGAGAGUUUCUCAAUAAUUUAACAUCUACGCCCAACAAAUACUGCAGAACACAGAGCCAUGAGAUCAACUUCUGAAAUGAAGCUGAACAGAAAGCAGUGGACACUUACAGCGAGUAAAAUAAGUCACAAAUUUUCUGAGUAAACUUAUUUCUAAAGGUAUUAUUAACAUAAAAUUCUUGCCAUGUCAGUAACAAUCCAAGUCAUUAUUACAAGCAUGUAUAAUAAUGAAAAAUGACACGGAAAAAGUAUUGAACACGUGAAAAAGGUGCAAAAAGGCAUGGAGAGUUGUGACACCAGCUGAACUGUAUUAGUAAUAAGAAAACAAUUCUGCCACUUAGGCAAAUUAAUAUCAGCUGGUUCAGUCCCAACUGAUGGGCUAUAAAAAGCUGUGUCAUUACUGAGGUUUUGCUCAACAAACAUCUCAUGAUGGGUAAAACCAAUGAGGUCUCUUGAGACUGUUGCAACCCAUAUUGAUAACAUUGGUUAGAAGAAUUUCUAAACUACUGAAGGUUCCAGUGAGCACUGUUGGGUAAAAAAAAGAAGUUGAAAGAACAUCAUUUCACCAUAAAUCGAUCAAGACCUGAUGAUCCAAAAAGAUUUUAGACAGAAGUGAAAACGAUUAUUAAAAGAGAUGUUCAAGGCCAAGGACCCCUUGCAGAAAGCUACAGAAAUUAGCUGAUACAAUCAUUUUAAAGGAAAUAAGUAAUGCACGCAACUGCCAUGGCCUGUGUAAACGUUCAAAUUGGAAUACUCCGUUGGUGAAGAAAUGGCAUAUUAAAGCGCAUUGAGUGUGCUGAACCACACUUUGACAACCCUGUGAAAUACUGUUAGAAUAUAGCCUGGCCAGAUGAGACUAAUACACAGCAUGUUUGAAGGUCAAAAGUCAUAUCACCCCAUAAACACCACACAAAUAAUGAAGUUUGGAGGUGGGUUCAUCAUAGUGUGGGGUUAUUUUAUUUUUCAACAUUCAGCACUGGCAUCUUUCAUAUAAUUGAAAGGAGGAUGAAUGGAAAAAUGUACCAAGAUUUUCUUGAUAAACAUCUCCUGCCAUCUACCAGGAUGAUGAAAAUGAAACGAGGGUGGAUGUUUCAGAAAGACAAUGAUCCCAAACACAAAGUUAAAGAAACUCUCAGCUGAAAGAAAAUGGAGCUGCUAGAACAGCCCAGCCAAUCGCCUGACCUGAAUCGAGCUGAAAAUCUAUGGAAAGAAGCAAAGCUCAGAGUUCACAGAAGGAGCUACAGAACCUUCAGGA